CAGUCCUGCCAUCCCGAGGGACUCCAGGGUCAGGUGGAGCAGGCAGGGCAGUCUGCCCCAGGCUCCCCAACUGAAGCCACUCUGGCAGGGUCAGGCCACCAGAAAAUUUGCCCAGCUUUGCUGCCUGUUGGCCAUGGGUGACCUCUCAUUUUUGAGCCCCGGAGGGUCCACGGGUCUCCAAGUAAACAGGGGCUCCCAGAGCUCCCUGGAGGGGGCUCCUGCCACUGCCGUGGAGCCUCACAGCCUGGGCAUCCUCCAUGCCUCCUACAGUGUCAGCCACCGCGUGAGGCCCUGGUGGGACGUCACAUCUUGCCGGCAGCAGUGGACCAGGCAGAUCCUCAAAGAUGUCUCCUUGUACGUGGAGAGCGGGCAGAUUAUGUGCAUCCUAGGAAGCUCAGGCUCCGGGAAAACCACGCUGCUGGACGCCAUGUCCGGGAGGCUGCGGCGCACGGGGACCUUCCUGGGGGAGGUGUAUGUGAACGGCCGGACGCUGCGCCGGGAGCAGUUCCAGGACUGCUUCUCCUACGUCCUGCAGAGCGACACCCUGCUGAGCAGCCUCACCGUGCGCGAGACGCUGCGCUACACCGCGCUGCUGGCCAUCCGCCGCGGCAACCCCGGCUUCUUCCAGCAGAAGGUGGAGGCCAUCAUGGCAGAGCUGAGUCUGAGUCAUGUGGCAGACCGACUGAUUGGCAACUACAACUUGGGGGGCAUUUCCACUGGUGAGCGGCGCCGGGUCUCCAUCGCAGCCCAGCUGCUCCAGGAUCCCAAGGUCAUGCUGUUUGAUGAGCCGACCACAGGCCUGGACUGCAUGACUGCUAAUCAGAUUGUCAUCCUCCUGGUGGAACUGGCUCGCAGGAACCGAAUUGUGGUUCUCACCAUUCACCAGCCCCGUUCUGAGCUUUUUCAGCUCUUUGACAAAAUUGCCAUCCUGAGCUUCGGAGAGCUGAUUUUCUGUGGCACACCAGUGGAAAUGCUUGAUUUCUUCAGUGACUGCGGUUACCCUUGUCCUGAACAUUCAAACCCGUUUGACUUCUAUAUGGACCUGACGUCAGUGGAUACCCAAAGCAAGGAAAGGGAAAUAGAAACCUACAAGAGAGUCCAGAUGAUAGAAUCUGCCUACAAGAAAUCAGCAAUUUGUCAUAAAACUUUGGAGAAUAUUGAAAGAACGAAACACCUGAAAACAUUACCGAUGGUUCCUUUCAAAACCAAAGAUUCUCCCGGAGUUUUCUCCAAACUGGGCGUUCUCCUGAGGAGAGUGACAAGAAACUUGGUGAGAAAUAAGCUGGCAGUGAUGAUGCGUCUCCUUCAGAAUCUGACCAUGGGUUUGUUCCUCCUCUUCUUCGUUCUGCGGGUCCAGAACAAUGUGCUAAAUGGUGCUAUCCAGGACCGCGUGGGUCUCCUUUACAUGUUUGUGGGCUCCACCCCGUACACAGGCAUGCUCAACGCUGUGAAUCUGUUUCCUGUGCUGCGAGCUGUCAGCGACCAGGAGAGUCAGGAUGGCCUCUACCAGAAGUGGCAGAUGCUGCUGGCCUACGUGCUGCACGUCCUCCCCUUCAGUGUCAUUGCCACGAUGAUUUUCAGCAGUGUGUGCUACUGGACGCUGGGCUUACAUCCUGAGGCUGCCAGAUUUGGAUAUUUCUCUGCUGCUCUCUUGGCCCCCCACUUAAUUGGUGAAUUUCUAACUCUUGUGCUACUUGGUAUCAUCCAAAAUCCAAAUAUAGUCAACAGUGUAGUGGCUCUGCUGUCCAUUGCGGGGGUGCUUAUUGGAUCUGGAUUUGUCAGAAACAUACAAGAAAUGCCCAUUCCUUUUAAAAUCAUCAGUUAUUUUACAUUCCAAAAAUAUUGCAGUGAGAUUCUUUUAGUCAAUGAGUUCUACGGACUGAAUUUCACUUGUGGCAGCUCAAAUGUUUCUGUGAUGACUAAUCCAAUGUGUGCCUUCACUCAAGGAAUUCAAUUCAUUGAGGAAACCAGCCCAGGUGCAACAUCUAGAUUCACAAUGAACUUUCUGAUUUUGUAUUCAUUUAUUCCAGCUCUUGUCAUCCUAGGAAUAGUUGUUUUCAAAAUAAGGGAUCAUCUCAUUAGCAGAUAGUGAAAACCAUGGCUGGGAAAAUGGAAGUGAAGCUGCUGACUGUGCAUGACUGCUCUGAAUGUCUGAAAUGAGAGUGUCAUGUAUUUCUUUCUUGAUAGGACAUCUCAGGUCUUUUAACCAUUAAGACUCUAUUUGUGCCUCUUGGAUCCAUGCAGGCCUUGAAUGCAAUGGAAGUGGUUCACAGUCCCUUCCUGUUACAACUUGCAGGGACAUGUGGUAUUUGGAAAUUGUGACUGAGCUGGCCCAAGAAUUAAAUAAUAAUCAUUCAUAAAGCUAUGGGAGACUCGUGUGACUAUUUUUUAACUUGUUCUAGGCACAGAAAAAAAUAGGUCAUCUUAAAAAUAUGUUUACAUUUGAUAAAGGAUUAGGCAAAAGUAAAAGGCUUGAUGGAUUACUGACUGUAAGUGACAGAAAAGAAGAGUUGUGGGUUUAGAUGAAGCAAGGUUAUCAUGCAGAAUUGGGUAAGAAUGCUUCUGUUCCUGGAAGACCCAGAGUUAAAAGACCCCUCCACACGAGGGGUCGGAGUUACCUGAUCACAUCGAGAGAAUGCUGGGCAGAUGAAUGGCGAGCAACACUGCUACAGAGCACCCAGUAAUUUUACUGAGGAUUCAAAUAAAAAACUGUAGGAAUGGGCUCAACAGUGAACAAAGCACACCAGACAAACCUCUGGUUAUGUUUUUAAAGAUUUGUUUGCUACUUUUCACUUUCAGCUGAGUUUACUUAUAGAAUUA